AUGAUGCAGAGGAUAUGUACGGCUGCAGAAGUGAGGAUAUACUUCAAUGGAUUAUUAGGAGGUCCAAAGAGAGCUACGAAUUACUUGAAACCGAACAAGAACUGCAAUCUAUCUUCAUGGAUGUCUGGAUGUGAACCUGGAUGGGCUUGUCGUACUGCUAAAGAUGUGAAAGUUGACCUUAAAGACGAUAAGAAUGUUCCUGUAAGAACUCAGCAAUGUGCGCCUUGCUGCGCAGCUUGUCCAUUGGGAGCUUAUUGUCCAGAGGCUGAGCUGAACAAAACAACAGGAUUUUGCGACCCAUAUCAUUACCAGCUUCCUUCUGAACAGCCAAAUCAUACUUGCGGUGGAGCUGACAUUUGGGCUGAUAUUGGUAGUAGCAGUGAGGCUGGGUUAGGUUUCUUGCUCAUAAUCUUAUACAACUGUUCUGAUCAAGUGCUUGCGACGAGAGAAAGAAGGCAAUCAAAAUCCAGGGAAAAAGCAGUACAAAGCGUGCGGGGUUCACAGUCACGGGAGAAAUGGAAAUCUGCCAAAGAUAUUGCAAAGAAGCAUGCGACCGAGCUGCAGCAAUCGUUUUCCCGAACAUUUUCCAGGAGAAAAUCUAUGAAACAGCCAGAUUUGAUGAGAGCUUUAAGCCAAGCAAAACCUGGAUCAGAUGCUGCAUUACCACCAAUGUCAGGAAGUAGCUCAGACACAAAAAAGGGAAAGAAAAAGGAUAAAAACAAACUAACUGAGAUGUUACAGGACAUUGAACAAAACCCUGAAGAUCCUGGAGGGUUUAAUCUUGAGAUUGGUGAUAAAAACAUUAAAAAACAUGCUCCAAAAGGCAAGGCUUUGCAUACUCAGAGUCAGAUGUUCAGGUAUGCUUAUGGUCAGAUUGAAAAGGAAAAAGCAAUGCAGGAGCAGAACAAGAACUUGACUUUCUCUGGAGUCAUCUCCAUGGCUAAUGAUAUCGACAUACGAAAGAGACCUACGAUUGAAGUUGCUUUUAAAGACCUUACAAUUACUCUAAAAGGGAAAAACAAACAUCUCAUGAGAUGUGUGACUGGUAAGCUAUCACCUGGACGUGUUUCUGCUGUGAUGGGUCCUUCUGGUGCUGGGAAAACCACUUUCCUAACAGCUUUGACAGGCAAAGCACCAGGUUGCACCAUGAGUGGAAUGAUUCUCGUAAACGGUAAGGUUGAAUCAAUUCAAUCCUACAAGAAAAUCAUAGGUUUUGUGCCUCAGGAUGACAUAGUCCAUGGAAACUUGACAGUGGAGGAGAAUCUCUGGUUCAGUGCAAGAUGCAGGUAUGCCACAUUUUUCUUAAUGAAUUUAAGUUUUCAAAAUUUUAAUUGA